GGAUCUCCGCUUCCCUUUGCCCGGCGAGGAUCGUCGCUGGAUCCCUCGGGAGACGCUCCUGGGUCCCGCUCGGUGCAGGUUGGGCUGCCUCUCCCUCCAGCCUGAAGAUCUGCCCGCCCGGAUCCCUCUCUUCGCCUCGCAGGGUUUUCUUCGGGGAGAUCCGUCUCUGGCGUUGCCUGCAGGGAGCGGAUCCCUCCCUUCCCUCCAGGGGGGCAAAGGGGGCUCCUUCCCCGGACUGGAUCUGCCCCCUCCUCGCCCAGCCAAGGCUCCCCGAAGGGAUCGGGAAGGAGCUUUUUGGAGGCCAGUGAGGACGUGGCUGUGAACUUCACAGAGGAGAAAGAGACGUUCUUGGAUUGGGAUCCACCAACCUUUGGCCAGGACUCCAUUCCAGAGAAUUUGGAAAUUGUUGCCUGGGUGGAAAAGCAGCUUCCUGCACAAAGGGCCAAUCGGUUAAGGAGAAACCAAAUCAGUCAGGAGUGAGGGUCAUACCUUGCCUUGACCCAGAGACCUCUUCAUUGUAACUUUAAAGCAGGAAAACAACUGUGACCAAAGAUUUACCUUCAAGACAACUAAUAAGAGAUAGUAGAAAUUCAGCCCAAGGCAGCAGCCAAGGGAAAGCAUGAAGCGUGGGAAACUCUUGGAUCCCCCAUCAGAGACAAGCAGCCCUCCAAGAACCCCCAAAAGAACCCAUGAAUGCUCAGAGUGUGGGAAAUCCUUUGCUCGCAAGUCCCUCCUUUUGACCCACAGGAAGCUCCAUGUGGGAAGUGGAUCCAGUGAAGGUUUGGAGGGUGAGAAAUCUUUCUCUGGGAAAAACUCCAAAGAUCUCAGAAGCUCCCCUAGACAAAAACCCUAUAAAUGUGAGGAAUGUGACUUAUGCUUUGGUCAAAAGUCAGGACUUCUUACACAUCAGAAAAUCCACACUGGAGAGAAACCUUAUCAAUGUCUGGAAUGUGGGAAAUUUUUCCGUAGAAAGGGCACUCUCAGAAUCCACGAGAGAAUUCACACAGGGGAGAAACCUUACAAAUGUUGGGAAUGUGGGAAGAGAUUUCCUCAGAAUGCACAUCUUUGGUCCCAUGAGAAGACUCAUGUUGGAAUAAAAUCUUACAAAUGCUUUGAGUGUGGAAAAUCUUUCACCCUGAGUUCAGGUCUUCGGAAUCAUGAGAAAACACACAGAGGGGAGAAAAACAAAAAGUGCCUCGAAUGUGGGAAAUAUUUUACCUCAAAAUCAACCUUGGUGCAACAUCAGAGACGUCACACCGGAGAGAGACCCUAUGAAUGCCCAGAAUGUGAGAAACGAUUUAUGUAUUCUUAUGAACUUCAGAGACACCAGAAGUGGCACAAAGGGGACCUACCCCAUAAAUGUGGGGAAUGUGGGAAAAGUUUUAUUUCGCCAGCCCAUGUUCAGAUUCAUCAGAGAAUCCACACAGGGGAGAAGCCAUUCCAAUGUGGGGAGUGUGGGAAAUGCUUUUCCCAAAAACAACACCUUGGCCGCCAUCAAAGGUUCCACACAGGAGAGAAGCCAUACAGAUGCGUAGAAUGUGGAAAAUGCUUUAUAGACAAGCGAGGCCUUUCGAUGCAUCAUAAAACCCACACAGGGGAGAAGCCACAUCAAUGCAAUGACUGUGGAAGAUUUUUUUGUACCUCAUCAGCCCUUAGAAGUCAUGUGAAAAUUCACACAGGGGAAAAAAACUACAAAUGUUUAGACUGUGGGAGAGCAUUUUCCCAUUCAUGUUCCCUUAUAAGUCACAGCCGAAUCCAUAUAGGAGAGAAGCCCCAUAAAUGCUCAGAGUGCGAUAAAUGUUUUUCACGGAAAGAUACUCUUGUGAUGCAUCAGCGAAUCCACACUGGAGAGAAACCAUAUAAAUGUCUGGAGUGUGGGAAAUGUUUUGCCCAACCUUCAGCACUUCGAAUGCACACCCGAAAUCAUGCAGGAGAGUAGCCUUACAAGUGUGCAGAGUGUGAGAAACCUUUUCCAUAGUAAAUCAAAGCUAAAAAAGGACCAAAAAGUCCACUUUUUUUCAACACAUCUUAAUGUUUACCAGGAACGUCACACAGUGACAGAAGUGAAAUCCUACAAUUAUUUUGUGUGGGUAAAUGUUCCAUCUACUGAAGCAAAGGAACCUCAGAGAAUACACAAUGAGGCAAAAGGGUGUAAAUGUUGGGAGUGUGAAUUUGUUUUGCUCACAAAGCAGCAUUAGGAACUUCCCAGAGUGAUUACACAAAAGAGUUACAUGUAUGUGGGGAGUGUAUAUAAUGUUUUGCAGAGUACAGGAAGUUUUAUGACCACAAGUGGAAAUGCAUUUCCAAUUAUAAGCCGUAAGGCAAGGUACCCAGAUAUUUUUGUUAUAUUUUUUACUAGCCCUUUGUUGAUCAAUAAGGAGAACUGAAGAUUUAGAGGAAAAAAUGGGGUGAGGUGUAGAAGGAAGAUGCAGCUAGCUGUUUAUUUAGUAAUAAAGUGUAGGUGUUGAAUGUGCUUGUGAGGAUGAAGCGGGAAAGUUUCUUUUUCCUACUAUCUUUUUUGGAGGGAUUUUUUCCCCUUUUUUUUCAUUGCCUUUUUUAUAUAUUCACACAGAGAUAUUUGUAUUAAGUUUCUUUCUGUGCAUAUAAUCCUGAAUAAAAGUAUACUGUUCAAAAUAAUCAAGAGAAUGUUCCAGAAUAAAUCGGAGAAAUGUUGGAAAUGUCAUCAGACCCCAGGAUCCUAUUACCACAUGUGGUGGACAUGCGUCGAAGCAAGGAGAUAUUGGAUUAAGAUACACACGUGGUUGGAAAAAAUGAUAAAGAGACAUAUUGACUUUAAACCAGAGAUAUUUUUAUUAGGGAUCAUACCGGAGACAUACAAUCAAGAACUGCAAUAUUUAAUUGUGAAUCUUUUGACAGCAGCCAGAAUUAUAUUUGCUAAAAACUGGAAAGGAGAAAAGAUACCUAAUGCUGAAGAAAUUAUUAAGAAAAUGAUGGAAUGUGCUGAAAUGAGUAAAUUGACAUUUGAAAUGAGAGAGCAGGAAGAUGGACAGUAUUAUUUGAUAUGGGAUUUAUUUUACCAAUGGAUGGAGAAUAAGAUUUGGAGAUAGUUAUGAAACGAAUGGUUGUUGAAAUAAAUUAGGCGAAAAAACCUUUAUGGAAAUAAGCUGGGAUGCUUAGUGAGGAGGAGCACAAAAAAUGUCAUCAAUCGACACACUGUCUGUAAUUGUUUGGAAUGAUAAUAUUUUUAUGUUUUGUUUUGUUUAAAAAAAAAAUCUAAAAGAAAAAAAGAAAUGGGCUGUGGGGAGGAGGAGGAAUAACCCAUCAGGGAUUCCAGGGCCCAUAGUUCCCAGCGGCUUCUUGGAGGAGGGAGCCACACUUCUCAGAGGAGGGGUGGGAAACAUGAGGCAAAAGGCUACCUGACGCUCCCCCUAGAGGAGAGAUGGGGAAUUGUUGGUCCCAGCAGGAUCCACCCUUGGUGGGGGGCCUGGAGGGGGGUGGAAAAUGGAGGGGGAGGCGCUUCCUGAUGGACCUCCUCCAUCUUCCCAGGGUGGAAAAAGGCAAGCAGACACAACUGGUCCAACAGCCCGCCUAACGCUCUGUAGGGAAACUUGGAUCCCAGUGGGUCCUUUGGGGGGCCUCUGGGGAGGGGGUCACAAUAAGGAUACCUACACCCAUACUCCCGGGCUCUCCCAGCCCUUUAACCCCCAUCAACUUGGAAUGGAUUUCUAGAGAUAAGUUCCUAAAUUAAGGAGCCAGGUAUUUCUCUUAAUUUUUAGUAGACUGUUGUUGAUCAAUGAGAAGUGAGAAUUUAGAGAUGGGAAAAUGGGGUGAAGGGUGGAAUGAAUCUGGUGGUUUAUUUAGUGAUAAAGUUUUGAUGUUGAAUCUGCUGGUUGAGGAUGAAGAGGGAAAGGGGGUUUUUUUUUUCCCGUUUUUUCCUUGUCUUUUUCAUAUAUUCACACAGAGAUAUUUGUAUUAAUUUUCUUUCUGUGCAUAUAAUUCUUAAUAAAAGUAUUUUUUAAAAUAA